AUGUCCUUACAACACACUCCGCCAAGAAAUAUUCCCUCCAAAUCUACUCGUCAACGAGACUCGUUGGUUAGCUAUGGAUCGGACCCUCAGCUUCAAUUUACAAAUGAAUUAACAGGACAAAACACGCCGCCUAAUUGUUUAUCUCUCCGUAGUAAAAGGCCUAGGGAAACUGAAACAUCGCCAUCAGAUUUUUCUCGAUUUAAGGAUGAAAUUAAAGACCUAGUUACAUCAUUGAUUGGUGAGCAAAGGAUAGAUAUUAGGGAAAUUUCUAGCAGUUUGAAGAAUUUAGCUCAGAUUAACACAGGCAUUGAAUCAGCUGUCUCCUUACUUACUCAACAAAAUGAAGAAUUUCGCAAAAAGAUCGAACAACUUGAGCUACAAUCGAAAAAGGACAGAGAGUAUAUUUCCAUACUGGAAGACAAAAUUGAGGACCUUCAGAGAUUGAGUCGUAAGUCGAGUAUAGAAAUAAAAAAUGUGCCACGGAAACAACAAGAAAAUCGGAAUGACUUAAUGAAUAUUGUUAUGAGCUUAUCUAAAACUGUUAAUCUCGAAUUAUGCCCGAGGGACAUUAAAGAUGUAUUUAGAUUGAAAGCAAAGAAGGAUUCGGAGAAAAACCCCCCGAUUAUAGUUGAAUUACCAACAAAGCAUUUAGGGCUUACUAUCAACGAAGACACUCCAGUAUUUGUAUCUGAACAUCUGACUGCUAAGGGCUCCCGACUACAUUUUCUGUCACGCGAUUUGGUCAAAACAAAGAAGUUUAAAUACUGUUGGACAUUGUACGGUAAAGUUUUUGUGAGGAAAGACGACACUUCAAAAAUUAUUCAUAUUCAAAGUGAAGCCCAAAUACAUCACCUUUUGCUGGAAAAGUGA